CAGUUUAUUUAAUUUUAUAAUGGAGAAAAAUGUUUAUAAAGUGCUGGUCGCUGCAACUGGAAGUGUCGCUGCACUGAAAAUACCCAUUCUAGUGAGAACCUUAUUGGAAUUAAACGAAAACGAGAGCCGCUAUAAAUUUGAGAUACGUUUAAUAGUGACAGAACACGCGAAACACUUCUUUGCAACCUCUGAGUUGCCUCCUGAAGUGUUAUUAUUUGACGACAACUGUGAAUGGCAGGCCUGGAAGCAGAGGGGGGACCCGGUGCUGCACAUAGAACUUGGCAAGUGGGCCGACAUGAUGGUCAUAGCUCCUUUGGAUGCUAAUACAUUAGCAAAAAUGGCACAGGGUAUCUGUGACAACUUACUCACAUGUACAACUCGAGCAUGGGACAUGUCCAAGCCCCUCCUCUUCUGUCCUGCAAUGAACACGCGAAUGUGGGAGCAUCCUAUCACGGCCAAACAAGUCCAGGUACUGAGUGAGUGGGGCCAUAUACAGAUACACCCGAUCAGUAAAACAAUGAUGUGUGGAGAUACAGGGAUUGGUGCGAUGGCUGAGGUGCAGACUAUUGUUGAGGAGAUUAGAAAGAUAGCUUGUAAAAGUUUCUCUAAAUGAAGUAUUUUAAACAUUGUUAUAUUUAAUUUAUUUGUUGUAAUUGUUGACUAGUUUUAAGGUGAUUACUAGAAAAUAAU